CCGGCGUCUCCGAACUGCGGAUGGAUGGACGCGUUGCAGAGGCGGGUUCUGGAGUCUGAGACGCGGGAGGAAUCCGCAGAUCUUUACUCACUGUGAACACAGAUCGAGGGAGAGAAGAGUGAGUAAGGGUGUUUCAUAUUUUUGACGUCUUUCCCAUCGCUCCCUCGCCCCGUCUGUGAACCAGUGCCUGGGCUCGGCUGAGCAGGCGGCGGAGCGGACGGGGAGUGAGGAUGGAGCGGCCAUCCAGCAGUAGCCCCAGCGGUCCGAACCAGCCUCCCCAACCAGCCCAACACGAACCCAUCAGCUUCGGCAUUGACCAGAUCCUUAGCGGCUCCGAGCAGGACCAGCAGAACAGCGCGCGCGGCGGUUCGGAUGUUAGCGGCGGCAGCAGUGGCGGGAGUUACCACCUGGGCAGCCCGACCGGCGCGAGCGCGGCGCCGUACACCGCGCUCCCGGGCUCUUUCCACGGCAUUACAGCGUCCUUCGAGGACUCGGGCUCCUACGGCGUGAACUUGACCCUAGCCCCAGGAGGGGUGAUUCGGGUCCCUGCACACAGACCCCUGGCAGCCGCAGUCCCCCCGCCCAUGGCCAGCGCGGUGCCCGGCUUUGGCAGUCUGAGUUUCCCCUGGAUGGAGAGCAGUCACCGUUUCGCAAAGGAGAGGUUCGCAGCCCUCACCCCCUUCACGGUGUCCCGGCGGAUCGGGCACCCCUACCAGAACCGCACCCCGCCCAAGAGGAAGAAGCCGCGCACGUCCUUCUCGCGCGUGCAGAUCUGCGAGCUGGAGAAGCGCUUCCACCGCCAGAAGUACCUGGCCAGCGCAGAACGCGCCGCGCUCGCCAAGACCCUCAAAAUGACCGACGCACAGGUGAAGACCUGGUUCCAGAACCGCAGGACCAAGUGGAGGCGUCAGACGGCAGAGGAGAGGGAGGCGGAGCGUCAGCAGGCCAAUCGGCUGAUGAUCCAGCUCCAGCACGAUGCCUUCCAGAAGUCUCUGAGCGACUCGCUGCCGACCGACCCGCUCUGCAUCCACAACUCGUCGCUGUUCGCCCUGCAGAACCUGCAGCCCUGGGCCUCCGAGGAGCCCGGCAAGCUGGGCUCUGUCACCGCGCUGGUGUGAGGGCGGGGCCAGCACCAGCCCCGCCAUGGCCACGCUCCCAUUGGCCAGCAUGCCAACUGACACACCGUCCUGCUGAUGAACCAACUUACGGCUUACGGAUGACUGACCAACUCACUGACUGAUUGACUGACUGACUGACUGGCUUACUGACUGACUGACUGACUGACUGACUGACUGACUGACUGCUGGCUGACUGACUGACUGACUGACUGACUGACUGUCUGAUUGACUGAAUGACUGACUGACUGACCAUUUGCUGUUAGGUCAUCACAGGACUCGUCUCCAUUUUGUCCUCCAUUUUCUCUCCCUCCAUGUCAGUUGCUCAGUCCUGGGCAGAGAGGGGGAGGAGAAGAUAAACUGCAGCGUGUUUGAGCCCCGCCCCCUCUCCAGAACACUGAUCCUGGGCCCCGUUUCACCAAGCAGGACAACUGCGCCAAGGAAAACCUGGAACCCUCCCAAAUCUGGAGCAUGGACUGAAGUAUAAAGAGCUGUUCCAGGUUUUACCGAGUGCCGUUAUCCAGCUAUCCAGUAUUCCUGCUCUGUGAUACCGGCCCAGAAGGGACUGGGGUUUGCAUGAGGGGUGAGGAGGCCGAUCCUGGAUCAGCUGAAGGUGGGGUACUCCCAGCAGGACCAGUCACAGGUUGUAUAUAAGGCUGAUCCUGGAUCAACUGAAGGUGGGGUACUCCCAGCAGGACCAGUCACAGGUUGUAUAUAAGGCUGAUCCUGGAUCAACUGAAGGUGGGGUACUCCCAGCAGGACCAGUCACAGGUUGUAUAUAAGGCUGAUCCUGGAUCAACUGAAGGUGGGGUACUCCCAGCAGGACCAGUCACAGGUUGUAUAUAAGGCUGAUCCUGGAUCAACUGAAGGUGGGGUACUCCCAGCAGGACCAGUCACAGGUUGUAUAUAAGGCUGAUCCUGGAUCAACUGAAGGUGGGGUACUCACAGCAGGACCAGUCACAG